CAGACCCUCCAAAUUACCAGCUCACCAAACACGCAAGUACUGGUAAAAAACGACUCCGUUUGGUCUGUCCACCAACAAAGCGAAGUAUCAGAAAAACUGAAAGUAGCGGGUUAAAUCUUGCAGCUGUCCUCAUACCAAUCACCACUCUAUGACUCCUCACUCUCUCUUCAUCUUCUUCUUCUUGAGAUUCCGAUUCUCUUUUUCUUCCCUCAUUAGGGUUUCUAGUGUCAUACUCUUUCUUUAUUAGUAAUGCUUUGCCAAGAAACAAACAGAGAAAAAGCCCCUUUCAGUUUCUGAAUUUGGACGUUGAAUCUUCGGACAUAUUGAAAUUGACAAGAAAACACAAGGAAAUCAAAGAUCUUUAACAUCUUUAGAACUUAGCUUUUGCUGCUUCUAUUCAUUGGAGAUGGAGAGAUCUAGAUCUAAGAGAAACUACUACUAUGACAAUCAGGACUAUGAUAAUGAAAUCAUCGUGGGUAGGACCAAGCCUAGGUACAACAACCACCACUACACCCCCAAUACCCACCGUCACCGGGGCAGCGGCGCCACUGCCAACAACAACCGCCCAUCUAAGCAGCAACAAGACCCUUCUAUGAUGGUCACCACCACCUAUCGCAUUCUCUGUCACGAUAUGAAAGCCGGUGGUGUAAUCGGAAAGUCUGGGAGUAUCAUAAAGUCCAUUAGACAACACACCGGCGCGUGGAUCAAUGUGCACGAGCUGAUCCCUGGAGACGAGGAGCGAAUCAUCGAGAUAUCAGAUACGCGGCGGCGGGACCCGGAGGGACGAUUGCCCGCCUUCUCCCCGGCGCAGGAGGCGUUGUUCUUGAUACAUGAAAGGAUCCUGGAAAGUGAUGUUCAGUUUGCUAUGAAUGGCGGCGGUUAUGGGAAUGAAGAGGACGAUUAUGGGGGUAGAGGAAACAGAGUGGCUACAAGGUUGGUGGUGUCGAGAAUGCACGUGGGUUGUUUAUUGGGAAAAGGAGGAAAGAUAAUUGAGCAAAUGAGGAUUGAGACAAAGACCCAGAUUAGGAUUUUGCCUAGAGAUCAUACCUUGCCUCGCUGCGUUUCCAUGUCUGAGGAGAUUGUUCAGGUUGUAGGUGAUGCAAAUGCAGUAAAGAAUGCUAUAGCAAUUAUUUCGUCGCGCCUGAGGGAGAGUCAGCAUCGUGAUCGAAGUUAUGGAAAUUUCCAUGGGAGACUACACUCACCAGAACAAUUUUUCCCUGAUGAUGAUUAUAUUCCUCAUAUGAAUAACACAGUACGUCGAUCAUCUGUGGAUGGGCCUUCAUUUGGAUCACGAGUACCUGCCACAAAUUACAGAAGCAGUAACUACUCCUCCCGGCAAUCUGGUUAUACAGUUGAUGAUGGGGCUGCCAUGGCUGACUGUGCACAGACCUUUUACAAUGAGGACCUUGUGUUUAGAAUACUUUGCCCCACUGAAAAGGUCAAUAAAGUUGUUGGAGAGACAGAUGGCAUACUAGAUUUGCUUCAAAAUGAAAUUGGUGUAGAUGUGAAGGUUUCUGAUCCUGUAUCUGGAUCAGAUGAGCAGAUUAUUAUCAUUUCAUCUGAGGAGGGUCCUGAUGAUGUGCUAUUUCCAGCUCAAGAAGCUUUGUUGCAUAUUCAAACUCGUAUUGUUGAUCUUGUUCCAGAUAAAGACAAUAUAAUAAAGACAAAGUUACUCGUAUCUGCUAGUGAAGUUGGAUGUUUUGAGGGAAGAGAUGGGUCAUUAUCUGAGAUGGAAAGAUUAACUGGUGCAAGAAUACAGAUUCUGCCAAGGGAAAAACUUCCUGCUUGUGUAUCAGGGGCUGAUGAGCUUGUACAGAUUGAAGGGGAAAUAAAAGCAGCACGAGAUGCUCUUGUUGAAGUGACGUCGAGGCUAAGAAUUUACUUAUACAAGGAGUUCUUUCAAAAGGAUACACCACCAUCUAUUUCUGCGCUUGGAAUGGAGGCGGAUUCUCCAAAUAACACAACCCCAGCUUGUGACAGUCAUAGUGGAGGUGAACCUCCUGCUCCAAUCUAUCAGAAUAUGCGGUCUGUGGCGACAUCGGCACAACAAUCAAAGGAUACUGGAGGAUCUAGCACUGAGAAAAUGAAGCAGUGCGACACUGAACGCCGUGAAGAGGUGCCUACUACAAUAAAUAGAAUCCCCAAACCACUUGUCACUAGGAGUACACUUGAAAUUGUAAUACCAGAUCAUGCAGUUCCCAAGCUUGUAACAAAAUCAAAAAACAAGCUUGCACAGAUAAGUGAGUUGUCUGGAGCUAAUGUAACCCUUGUAGAAGAUAGACCGGAAGUGACAGAGAAGAUCAUUCAAAUAUCAGGUACUCCAGAGCAAGCAGAGAGAGCUCAGAGCUUGCUUCAGGGCUUUAUAUUGAGUACGCUAGAAGAUGGACCCUAAGCUAGCGUGCGAAGUAGUUGAGCUGGCUUGAAAAGGAAAGAGCCUCCAUAUUCAUACGGAAUUAGUCUCCUAGAUGUAUAACAGCGGAGAGGAGCAUUUUGUCUGUUACUUUGGGCAUGGGAAUGGUUAUUUGUCUUUUCCUUGUCGUGUUGUUCUAAAUGUGAAUUUUCAAAGCAAGAGUUCCAAUGUAAAUAAAACUUGGGGAGCUCUGCGUUUGUUUUAGUGCAGUGCUCCAAUUUUCCUGUAUCAAUAUGAGAAUGCUGUUGUUCUGUAA